UUGUUGUUGUUGUUGUUGUUGCUGCUGGAGCUGCUGCUGCCGCUGCUGUUGAUUCUGAUGCUGUUGUUGCUGUUGCUGCAGCUGGAGCUGGCGGGAAGAGAAGUGGACCUGUUGCUGCUGAGACUGCUGUUGCGACUGGUUGUUGGAGCUGAGGAUGGGGUUGAAGGCGAAGUCGUUGGAGUUGGAGGCAGGAAAGUUCAUGGCCCUUGGUGUUUCUGCCCGCUUUCGAGGGGAGGGGUGUGGGUUGGGUUGCACAACUGGCGGGCAGCUGUCGUGAGUGAGAUGGUUGCUCUGCUCUCGUGCUCGCUUCGCUUCUCUGUUUUACCCGGGGAACGGAGUGACAGCGCCGGCGCCCGCCGCUGCCAAAAAAGAAAAAGGUGACGGGACCUUGAUUGACAAGACGCUUCUGAGGGGUGGAGCUUAUCUGGCGCGCGUGUGUCUGGGUGCGGGUGCGACGGGUCUCCUUCGUGGGAUGUAUCUAUUCUCCGUACCGCUUUGGGUUUGGAGUGGUAAUAGGAGAG